CUAGUUGCUAUUCCACAAGUGGAGACUCAUCUAGAAUAGUUCGUCCAUGUUCUCAAUUGGGUCAUGAAGCAUAACUUAUGCUUUGUAUGUACGAUAUUUCUAAAACCAGAGCGUUGAAAUUGUAUCGUAUCGUUUCUUACGAAGAAUUGGAAAAGAGAGAAUCGCCACGAUUACUCUCAAUACGUACCAAGAAAGAGAUCGAAAGAGAGUCAAACGAACCACCAAAUGAUGGUAAUAGGGUACCGGUGGUGGUAUUGGUAGCCGUAAAGUGUACGCAAGAAGUAGCCCACCACGGACGCCGUAGCAAACGUUUAGCGUUAUUUGUGUCCGCGACUUGGAAGUCCACGGUUCGUAACUGCCGUGACGUUUGGCGGUUCUGCCUUUGCACACACAAAGUGACUCAAUCUACCAUUUCGUGCCGUUCCCUCUUCGCUAGCAGAAGGUUCGUUUCUUGCAGCGCGUUGAUGUCGUGGCGAUUCUUUCAACGCACGCAGUGUUCCCUUCACUAGCCGUUCGCAGCCGAGUGAUAUUUUACAUUUAAGGUGUGUGUGCACCGACGGUGCACAAAUGACGGUGGUGGUUGGACGCAAACGUUGUGAAUUUGUUGUUGAAGCGUUAUCUCGCCGCGAAAGUGUGUGAUACUGAUCAGCAGGGGAGAAAUCUUGAACAAACGAAACAAAACGGUGAAACAAGUGUGUUGCAGCUAACAUUGGCCGCCAAAGGCAGGUGCGAUAUAACAGUACAACAACGUACUGCAACCCGAUCGAGAUCAGAAGCUGCAACAGGACAGAGGAACAACAUAAUUAUAUUAACGAUGGAUCGAUUGCCUGGUCUUGGUUGCCUAACGUUACUGUCGCUGGUACUAUUGCUACACAUCGGUUCUGGGAGCGGCGCCAUUGUGACGGAUCACGAUCGAGUAGUGACGUGCUACAUCUCAACCUGGGCCGUUUACCGCACCGGUACUGCAUCCUACCCGUUGGACUCCUUCGACCCAACCCUUUGUACCCAUGCGAUCUACGCGUUCGCUGGUUUGGAUGAGGCGAAAAAUGCCAUCAAAUCGCUCGAUGCUUGGCAAGAUCUGAAGGAAAACUACGGCAAGGGAGGUUAUGAGAAACUGACGGCGAUGCGUGCAACACAUCCUCAUCUGAAGGUCCUACUGGCUAUCGGUGGGUGGAACGAAGGUUCCGAAAAAUAUUCCAACCUUGCAGCCAAUCCCGAACGACGUCAAGCGUUUGUGAAGAAUGCGCUCGAUUUUAUCAAACAGUACGGAUUUGAUGGACUCGAUCUGGACUGGGAGUACCCGACACAGCGCGGUGGAAAACCAGCUGAUCGCGAAAACUUCGUUGCGCUCGUACGCGAACUCAGUCAGGUCUUUCGGAAGAACAACUUGCUGCUAACGUCGGCCAUCGGUGCCGGUAAAGAUACGAUCGAUGCGGCAUACGACGUUAAGGCGCUCUCGAAAUACCUAGACUUCCUGCACAUCAUGUGCUACGAUUACAACGGCAGCUGGGAUGGGAAGAUUGGUCCCAAUGCACCCCUUACAAGUCGUGACUUCCUGAACGUCGAGUACUCGAUCGAGCACCUGCUAGAGCUUGGAGCUCCGGCUAGCAAACUUGUCCUGGGACUACCAUUCUACGGUCGCACGUUCGUCAGUACUAUUGCAAAGGCGCGUCUAGGUGAUACAGCGGAUAAGGUCGGUUUCCCCGGACCGGCCACCAAGGAAAACGGCUUUAUGGGAUACAACGAGGUUUGCGAAGAGCUGAAGCGUAAUCCGAGCGAUUGGACACUCGAAUGGGACUCGACCGCAUCGGAGAUGGUGGCGACCAAGUCAAACGGAUCCAUGUCGCAGGUUGUCGUGUACGAUAGUACGCGCUCGAUCGCAAACAAGGUUCGCUUUGCGAUUCGCCAAAAGCUAGCCGGAUUGAUGGUUUGGUCGGUCGAUACGGAUGAUUUUAACGGACUGUGCGCACCGGAAGAGGAAACGUACAAAGACUUUGGCGAACAAAAUCGUGUUGCGCUAUCGAUUCCACCUGCUGUUAGUGGAAAGUAUCCGCUGCUAAAGACAAUCAGUAACGCCAUCGUGGUAGCGUCGGAUGAGCUGACGCAAGAAAAUGUCAUCCCACACGAACCGGAUGAAGCGCCCGCGACAGGAAGUACCACGGGACCAUCGGGAGCCACAUUGGUUACCGCUUCGAGCUGGCUGAUGGCUAUGGUGUUGUUCAUUGGCACAGCUACCGUUGCCGUUCGAGCAAUAUAUGGCUCCGAGUACUCCACAUUGAUAUUAGAAAAUCAGUAUUGGCCCCUGUUUGCUCAGGCCUGUCUUACUCGCCUUGCAACCCGAUCGAGAUCAGAAGCUGCAACAGGACAGAGGAACAACGUAAUUAUAUUAACGAUGGAUCGAUUGCCUGGUCUUGGUUGCCUAACGUUACUGUCGCUGGUACUAUUGCUACACAUCGGUUCUGGGAGCGGCGCCAUUGUGACGGAUCACGAUCGAGUAGUGACGUGCUACAUCGCAUCCUGGGCCGUUUACCGUGGUGGUACUGCAUCAUACCCGGUGAACUCAUUCGAUCCCACCCUUUGUACCCACGCCAUUUACGCAUUCGCUGGUUUGGAUGUGCAGAGAAAUGCCAUCAGAUCGCUCGAUGCUUGGCAAGAUCUGAAGGAAAACUACGGCAAGGGAGGUUAUGAGAAACUGACGGCGAUGCGUGCAACACAUCCUCAUCUGAAGGUCCUACUGGCUAUCGGUGGUCGUAACGAAGGUUCGCAAAAAUAUUCCAAUCUUACAGCCAAUCCCGAACAACGGCAAGCGUUUGUGACGAAUGCUCACAAUUUUAUCAAACGGUACGGAUUUGAUGGGCUCGAUCUAGACUGGGUUUACCCGACGCAGCACGGUGGAAAACCAGCUGAUCGUCAAAACUUCGUUGCGCUCGUACGCGAACUCAGUCAAGAGUUUCGAAAGAACAACUUGCUGCUAACGUCGGCUAUCGGUGCGCGUAAAGAUAUAAUCGAUACGGCGUAUGACAUUAAAGAGCUUUCGAAGUACCUAGACUUCCUACACGUCAUAUCCUACGACUACCACGGCAGCUGGGAUGGGAAGAUUGGUCCCAAUGCACCCCUUACAAGUCGUGACUUCCUGAACGUCGAAUACUCGAUCGAGCACCUGCUAGAGCUUGGAGCUCCGGCUAGCAAACUUGUCCUGGGACUACCAUUGUACGGUCGCACGUUCGUCAGUACUAUUGCAAAGGCGCGUCUAGGUGAUACAGCGGAUAAGGUCGGUUUCGCAGGACCGGCCACCAAGGAAAAGGGUUUUAUCGGAUACAACGAGGUAUGCAAGGAGCUGAAGCGUAAUCCGAGCGAUUGGACACUCGAAUGGGACUCGACCGCAUCGGAGAUGGUAGCGACCAAGCGAAACGGAUCCAAGACGCAGGUCAUCGUGUACGAUAGUACGCGCUCGAUCGCGAACAAGGUUCGCUUCGCGAUUCGUCAAAAGCUAGCCGGAUUGAUGGUUUGGUCGGUUGAUACGGAUGAUUUUAACGGACAGUGUGGACCGGAAACGGACACGUACAAAGACUUUGACGAUCGGAACAUUGUUGCACUUUCGAUUCCACCGGCUGUUAGUGGAAAGUAUCCGCUUUUAAAAACGAUCAAUAACGCCAUCGUACUAGCGUCAAAUAAGUUGACGCAAAAGAGCGCCAUUGCCCCCGAACCGAAUAAAUUGCCUGUGUUACGUAAUGCGAACAAGAGACCAUCUGAAGUAAUAGGUCAUCGCUUCGAGCUGGUUCUCAACCAUGGACCAUAAAUAUACUUAAAUUCCCACAAAUGUUCUCCACACAUUUCAACCUACGUUCGGUUGUUUCUAGACGAAAAGAUAGUUAUUAUUAUGACAUUAAGAAUGGUAGAAAUAUAGAACUUAUUUUAGAAUGAA